AUGAGCGAGGCACGCCAGAUUCAGAGUAUGAUUGACUUUAUUGAGCGCGAAGCGCAGGAAAAGGCGGAUGAGCUCAACUCAGCUGCUCAAGAAGAAUAUGACGUGGAGAAAAUGCGCCUAGUGGAGGCGGAGAAAGUGAAGGUGCGUGCCAAUAAUGAGCAAAAGUUAAAACAGGUGGAUGUCGGUCGGCGCGUGGCGCGGGCGAACUUCUCCAAGGCACAACGGCUGCGCAUCAUGGAGGCCCAGUCUAAUAUUGUGGAACAACUAAAGGAGAAUAUCAAGACGAAGCUGAUGGCUUUUGUGAAGAACACUGACAGCUACAAAAAGCUCCUAGUCUCCAUCCUGCAUGAAGCUCUCUCUGCCGUGCGCACGGACGCCAUCGUUUACACUUGCAAGAAUGAUGAGCCAAUUGUUACCGGCAUGCUCAGUGAACUCGAGCAGUGGUACCUCAAAACAGUGGGAACACGAGUGAGCAUCCGUAUGGGUAAAGAAUAUCUUAACGCAGAGGAGGCACUGGGCGGCGUCGUCGUUAAGUCCCACGACGGCCACAUCGUGUGCAACUGGACGCUGUCCAGCAGAAUGAGGAACUGCGUCAAUGAUCAGCUUCCCACGAUACGAUACUACCUCUUCAAUCCAGAGUCAUCUAUCUGA